AUGGCUGUCAUCCCUAAGGUGGGUGAGGUGUUCCGCGGUGAGGACGGAGUUAUUUCUGUGGUACUUCCCGAUACUUGUGAUCCGGAUCAUGAACCCACAGAGGAGGAACUGCAUGAAUAUGCGGAGUUUAUUGGAAUAGAUGUUAAAGAAGAGAAACAUCUUUUGUGGAUUGCACGCGAGGGGCUGCAGACCCCGCUUCCUGAGGAGUGGAAGGCGUGUCGUACUGGUGACGAAGAACCGUAUUAUUUUAACUUUCGCACUGGUGAAAGUAGCUGGGACCAUCCUCUCGACGAUAUGUUCAGGCAGAAGGUCGAUUUAGAGAGGACGAAAGCCAAUGCUUCUGCAUUAAUUAGUGGCAGUAAGCAUGGUAGUACAAAUAUGAAGAUACGCUCCGCGUCGUUAUCGUAUUCCUCAGCGUCGUCAUCCGCUUCUUCCGACGAUGCAGACUCUAGUGCAGAAACCGCUGCUAACCUUCGUCGACAAGGGCAUGUGUCCCGACUCGAAAAGGGAUCUGGUGGUAAUGCCCAUUCCAUUAAUCAUGUCAGUGCUAUGACGGCAAGACCGGUCCCUCUAACCUCUACUGUUGACGCAUCGAGUCACUCCUUUAGCACUCAGGGGUCAAGGGAUGGCGCACUGGUGGGUGAAGCUGCCGGAAAAUUAGGUGCCUUGCGGACUCCUGCUCCUGUUCAGCGUGCAAAACUGGAUAUGUCUAGUUUGUUAGAACCUGGAAAGGGCGGUCUUCCGUCCACAGCCAUUGGUGGUGGAAGUGGUAGAGGCAACAGCGGGAAAGGUAACUUUGCAAUAGGAUCAAAGGGAAAGUGUCCUGAAGGUGUUCGAGACAUGGAAGCGUCAAUCCGGCAACGUGUAGAUGAAGAAAACGACGCACGGCGUCGUACAAUGAGAAUACAGCAGGAGCGGCAACUUGCCGAAGAAAGACUUAGGUUGGAAGCCGAAAUUCGGAUGGUUAGUGCCGAAUGUGAGAAGGAAUUAAACGCGGAACUACAGCAAGCCAACGAAUCUGAGGAGCAAUUGCAACUUGAGAAAAGUAAAAUGGAUGCAGUCUUGUCGGCAAAACAGCGCGAGUAUGAUGAGGCACGCAAGCAGGUAACGGCACUGGGUUUACUACUACAGCGGGAAGAGGCAAAGCUGGAGGGUGAAAUGCAGAGACGCAUAGCGGAGGCGAAGGAGAGAAUAAGUGGCAGCGGUGACGAUAAGUGUAAGAAAGCGAAGGAGGCCGCUGCUGCCAAACUUGAAAAAGAGAAAGAAGAACGGAGGAAAGCGCAUACCAAACGGUUAGAGGAAGAGAGCAAACAGCUGGCAGCUAACACUCAGUCAACCGUGGGAUCUCUGAAAAAGGCCCUUGAGGAGAAACGUUUGUCAGCUGAAAAACAACUUAAGGCUAAGCUCUCAGAGUUUUCUCCAGCACCCCCCGUUAGCACUGCAGGCGAAAGUCAUCCUGAUAUUAAGGAGGCCCAGUCUUCGUUAGAACUUGCGGUGAAGCGAGCAACUGCUGAAGCUGCGGCAACUACGUCAGCUUUACGUCACCGAUAUGAAAACGAAUUGGAGGAGCUUAAAUCAGAAAAGAAACGAGCUCUAAGCACUGUGAAAGGUAAGGUGACAUCCAAAAAUGAACCUGUCGAAGACACAAUGCAGAACUCUACGCCUCACCCUUCCUUGGAAGAGGAGGAGAAAAGGUUGAAGGAGGCACUAGAAGAAAAGGCUGCACGUUAUGUUGAUGAAACACAGCGGCUUUUAUCAUUUAUGCGGAGCGAGUUGAAUGGGACGAAUUCAACGUCGUUAAAUACAACCGAGGGGGACAAUAUAACUCUUUCGUCAGGUGCUGAGCUCGCAGAAGAGCAACCAAACUACGAUCGCACAUGGAAGCAGCUAGACGAGCAGCAUGCGAGAACGAUGGAUCGCAUUCGUAGCGCUCAUGAGCAGACCUUGAGAGAAAAGCAUCUAUUCGAUCCCAGAAAGUCAUUGGAUUUCGCUGAAAAAUUGAAGGUACUGCAGAGGAAGUGGUUGGCAGCCCACCCAAAACCAAAAUUUUCCGUAGGGGACUCUUGGUCUGCGCGUGAAGGGACCGAUACAUAUGAGUCAAAUAGUCCUCAGGUGGAUACAAAGUUACUGCAGGAAAGAGUUGAUGCUGCUGUUAAAGCUGCGACGGAAGAGGCCCGGUGUAAACACGGAAAUCAACUACAGGCAGUUCAAGAGCUACUGGAAAAAGAAAAUCGCAAGGUUAGUGAAGCGCACCGCGCUGAGAAGAUUAAAGAAAUGAAGGCUCUGGUUAAUCAAUACCUCGAGGUAUGUUUGGCCGAGCGUUCGAAAGAGAUAGAUUUUUCGACAGCUUCGGUUGGUGACCCCUACAAGAGUAAUACGACGAGGACGGGUAAUGAAUGUCACCUGCAAACGUCACCACAGUUACCUGAAGGCAUGGUGUCAUUAGAGGAAGCCCAAAGACGUGAGGAAGAGGUGCAUCGUCAGCUUCAAGACCGUGUAAAAGCGUUGCAAGAUGCCACGAAGCUUUCUCAGACGGAGCUUCGCCGGCAGCAGGGACUGUUGCACACGAAAUCCCUGUACAGUUGCCAGCGUCCACCAAUCGUACCGAUGCCAGCAUCUCCAUCCGUCGCGAACGACGCUUUUCACACACCCCGGUUUCCUCUUAAUCAGAAGCAACCCCAGUCAGCCUUCACAACCCCGAUGCUAAACAACACAUUGUCCACCAUACCUUCAAUGUAUACGACAAACGGUAGCGAGAAGCCGAAUGCAACACCGUACUCGUUCUUGCUUGAUAUUUGUGGUGGACGGCAGCAGAAACCAGUAUUGAAGAGCCAGGGUGGCAAUUUAGAUGGCGAACAUAUUUUGCGUAAUACUGUGGAGUUCGCUUGUUCAUCUGAGCAGACAGGUCACGAUUUGGAACAGCGCUUUCAGCACGCCAGAUUGCUGCUACUAAAGAAAAAGGAUGAACUGUUGGCAAGGCGAGCUUGCAUGGAACGUUCCCGUACGUUGUGGUUGCGUGACAUGGAAAAAUGCACUACAACGGGGGAGAGGAGUCAUGCGCGUUUGCUCCGUCAAAUAAAGGUUUCACUGGAGGAGCAAGCUCGGAAAUUAAACCAAGAAGUUUUGGAGGUCCGUCUGGCGUUCGCCUCGCUUCGCGAUUCUGAGCGAAAGUUUCGCAGUGCUGCCGGUCGCGAGGAGGCAACAAAUGGAAGGGAAACCGCUAUUAUGCCCAAUUCAUUAGGUGGUAACAACAUGUCUGUUAAUUCUACCACAGCUCCACUGUCAAAGAGCUCACAGCAUAUGAUUGAGUUAUUAGACGGUAUUUUAACUAAAGCGGCUAAGUUGGAAAGUCAUGUGUCCCCAUUGCCCGACAAGUACAAAUUGAUGGGUAGCAAAAGUGUUGAGGGGAAACAACAUCACUCACAUGCGAGACGCUCCCACUCAACGACUCGUCACGUGAGCCGAGCGGCUUCUGCCGAGGGAAAAUCUGGUGGUGUUGCACGGUGGCUUGAUGAACAGCAACUUGCCUCAUGA